AGCUGGCCGAUCGGGAGAUACUCCAGGGCAGCAGGGGGGGGACCGCUGCCGGAGAUGCUGCUGUUGCGUUGGCUGCUGCCUGCUGUCGGGCUCCUCUCCGCAGCCCUGGCCGGCGGUGCCACCAAGUGCGGCAUGGACGAGAGCCUCCAGCGUGCCCGGAGGACGGUGCGGAAGGGUCGCAGCCUCCGCAGUGCCCAGGAGGGCUCCUGCGCCACCAGCUUAGCCCGGGGGCGCCGCUCCGCCGGCGGACACCUGAGGAGCCACCAGCGGGAGGCUAGCCCCCAAGCGCCGGGGGCUGCCCUCUAUUUUACCGGACGGGGGGACCAGCUGAGGCUGAAUGCCACCGGCGGCACCGAGCUGCCCAGGGACACCUUCACCUUAGAAGUUUGGCUCAGAGCCGAAGGAGGACAGAUGUCCCCCGCAGUCAUUGCAGGACUUUAUGACAAAUGUACUUACACUUCUCAUGAUCGUGGAUGGGUUCUUGGAAUUGAGGCCAUGAGCGACCAGGGUACAAGAGAUCCUCGCUAUUUCUUCUCCUUAAAGACAGAUCGUGCUAGAAAUUGGACCACCAUAACUGCUAAUCGCAACUACCUCCCAAACCAGUGGGUCCACCUAGCCAUAACCUACAAUGGUCGUACAAUAAAACUUUACGUCAGUGGGGCACAAGUGGCAACAAGUAGUGAACAAGUUGGUUCCGUCUUCAGCGCAUUCGCGAGAAGAUGUAAAACCCUUAUGAUUGGUGGAAAUGCACUUAAUCAGAAUUACAGAGGCUUCAUGGAACAGUUCAGGCUCUGGAAUACUGCUCGGACACAGAAGGAAAUAUUACUAGACAUGGGCCAGACAUUGCAUGGACUGAGUAAUCCUCUACCUCAACUUGUUCUUCAGGAUAGCUUUGAGAAUGUGAAAGACAUUUGGACUCCCAUGAAAGACGGAAAGGUCCCAAAAGUAGAACCCAUCAAUUUCCAUGUUUCACCACUGGAUACAAACUUGGACCUGCCCCAGUGCGGGCAAACGCUUUGUGACAAUGUGCAGGUCAUUUCAAACUACAACAAAGUCGCAGGCUUCCGGCGACCCAAAGUCAUCCGAUAUACAGUGGUCAACGUGUUUGACGACAACCAUGAGAACCCAACGGUCACCAAAGAACAAAUCGAGCUCCAGCAUAAAAAAUUAAACAAGGCCUUUGGUCCGUACAAUAUCACGUGGGAACUGAAUGUGUUGGAAAGGAACGACUCCUUCCUACGACAGCGACUCAUCCUCACCAACUGCGACAUCACAAAGAUUGGAAGCACCGAGUGCGAUCCAGAAUGUAACCAUAAACUUACAGGAUACGACGGCGGGGAUUGUCGCAGACGCACCACUUGUUUAAACUCCAGUAGGAAAGAAAACAGCUUAUGUGACAUGGAUUGCAAUAUUGAGGAAUUGGAUUACGAUGCUGGAGCUUGUUGCAAUCCAAAUGUUACCGAUGUCACAAAAACUUGCUUUGACCCAAAUUCACCAUACAGGGCUUACUUAGAUCUCAAUGAACUGAAACAACGGCUCAAUGUGACGGGGUCAACGCAGCUCAACAUAUUUUUUGCGAAUUCGUCGGAAGAGGAGCUGGCCGGGGUGGCCACGUGGCCUUGGGACAAAGAGGUUCUCACGUAUCUUGGUGGCAUCGUCAUGAACCCCUCUUUUUUCGGAGUUCCCGGCCAUACUCAUACCAUGAUCCAUGAAAUUGGGCACAGCCUGGGACUAUACCACGUCUUCCGCGGAAUCUCAGAAAUUUUAUCCUGCAGCGAUCCGUGCAUGGAGACGGAACCUUCCUACGAAACCGGGGAUCUGUGCCACGAUACCAACCCAUCGCCUAGGCAUAAGAGUUGCGGAGAUCCCAACCCCGGACCCGGGAAUGAAACUUGUGGCUUUCAAACUUUUUUCAACACCCCGUAUAAUAACUACAUGAGCUAUGCAGAUGAUGACUGCACUGAUUCCUUCACUCCCAAUCAAGUUGCCAGAAUGCACUGCUAUCUAGACCUAGUCUACCAAGGCUGGCAGCCCUUCUCCAAACCUCCACCGGUAGCAAUUGCUCCGCAGAUUGUUGAGCACACCUAUACCUCAGUCACCCUGGAGUGGUUUCCACCAAUUGAUGGAUACAUCUUUGAAAGAGAUUUGGGAUCAGCCUGUCAUUUGUGUGAUGAGAAAAGGAUCUUGGUUCAGUAUGCUUCCAAUGCAUCUUCCCCAGUGCCAUGUAACCCCACUGGGCAUUGGAGUCCAAGGGAAGCUGAAGGGCGGCCUGACGUGGAACAGCCGUGUGAAACGAGCGUACGUACGUGGAGCCCCGGGGCCAACGACAACUCUGUCCCUCCCGCAUGCACCGAAGCUCUCGGAUGUUAUCUGCAGCUGGAGUUUUCCUACCCGGUGGUCCCACAAACUCUUACAAUCUGGGUGACGUUUAUCACCACGGAAACGCACACCAUUAGAGCCGAGGUGGACGUCAGAAUCCUCUUAGUCAGUGGAGAGGUUUUGCACUUGGGACCUCAGAAGAUCUUCUGUGAUGUUCCUCUAACCAUCAAGCUGAAUUUCAUUAAAGUCGAGAUGUACGGAAUCCAGAUCUAUACCAAGGACAACCAAAUGGAGAUCGAUGCAGCUAUGAUCACUUCAGUGCCUAAUUGUCCCUUGUGUGCCAAGUGCAAUUCCAUUCACUACAAGGUGCUUCGAGACCCUCCUUUUGAAGAUGGCUCACGUUCUAGGAUCUCUGGUCACCACAGACGAUUUUUAGACACAUCUUUGAGGCAUGGAAGUGUCUACAGAUACCAGAUUGUGACAAUGACAUCUAAAGGCGAGAGUGAGCCAUCUCCAGAGCUGACUUACCAUCAUGGCAGCGGUUACUGCGGGGAUGGAAUAAUCCAAAAGGACCUGGAUGAAGAGUGCGAUGACAGGAACAAGAUCAAUGGUGAUGGAUGCUCUUUAUUUUGUCAUCAGGAGCCAUCUUUCCACUGCAUGGAUGAACCCAGCCGGUGUUAUUACCACGACGGCGAUGGAGUCUGUGAAGAAUUUGAGAGGAUGACGAGCAUUAAAGACUGCGGGGUCUACACUCCGAGUGGCUUUGUGGACCAGUGGGCUUCAAAUGUUACCGUUUCCCAUCAUGAUGAAGAUUGCCCGGGGUGGGUAGUCAGUGGCCAACCUGCAGCCAACCAGGUUUGCCAAACGAAGGUGUCGAAAUUAGAUAAAACCGUAUCCCAGUAUGCUUGGUAUCCAUGCAAGGCCAAGCCGGAUGAAAUACAUUUUUGGUUAAAGGCCGAUUUUUCUCAGCAUGCUGUCGUCGCCGCCGCGGUGGUUCAUUUGGUAACCGAUGGGACGAUUUACAGUUACGAGAAGCCGGAGACCAUAAGUGUUCAGCUUAUCGAUGUCAAGGAACAGAUGCAUGACCUUGGUGUUCAUAUUCUCAGCUGCCGAAACAAUCCAUUGGUGAUCCCUGUGAUGCAUGACCUCAGUCGCCCUUUUUAUCGCAGUAAAGCUGUCCUCGUUAGCUUCACUUCCCCCUUGGUGGCCAUUUCUGGAGUGGCUUUCAGAUCUUUUCACAACUUUGACCCAGUCGGAAUCAGCAGUUGUCAAAGAGGGGAGGUCUAUAGUGUGACCGAGCAGAGCUGCAUUAAUUACUCUUGCGAGGAUACGGUCUGCCCGACGUUGGUGGUGGAAAAUGCUGCUGUUGACUGCUCAAAUGGUCACUACAACGGGGCCCACUGCGAAGUGGUGUGUCACACCGGCUAUAGAAUACGCAUGCACAGGAACAGGGACCAUCUGACGCUUGAUUCCAAAAUCAUAACGACUUGUACCAAUGGGAAGUGGAACAAACAGAUAUCUUGUGAACCCGUUGACUGCUGCCCGCUCGAUAGGAAUCACAUCUACCACGCAACAUUUCAUUGUCCUCAUGGGACCACCUACAGGACGAAUUGUACAUUUCACUGUCAGCUCCCCGCCAUACUAAAAGGUAUCAACAAUGUGCUUACCUGCAUGGAAGAUGGCCUGUGGUCUUUUCCUGAGGCCAUCUGCGAACUGUCGUGUAAGGCCCCUCCCCCAUUACCCACCGCAGAUCUCCAGACCUCCCGCUGCAAAUCGGACAAAAACAAGGUGGGCACAACCUGCAAGUAUAAGUGUAAGGAGGGACACCACGUGCCUGACAUCUCCAGGAAGAUCAGGAAGAAGGCAUUUAAAAUUCAGUGCACUAAAGAUGGGUACUGGACGAAAGGCGGUUGUGUCCCGGUAAUGUGUGAACCGCCUCCUAUUAAGUUCAUAGGGCUCUACCAGUGCACACAUGGAUUCCAGUACAGCAGUGAAUGUAGACUCCCGUGUGAAGAAAGCAGCACCCAGUUGGACCCUGGUCAUAAUGUUAUACGCUGCCAAAAGGAUGGAACUUGGAGUGGCAAUUUUCACCUUUGUGACUCCAUCAAGGGUCCUUGUGAACCUCCACAUCUCUCCAUUAAGGACGCCUUAGUAAUUAACUGUGGACAAGGAUUUGAAAUAGGUUCCGAAUGCAACGUCACCUGUUUGGAGGAUGAAAAAAAGGAGGUGGUGAUAAUGCCAUACAAUGUCACAGAAAGGAAUUUGGAGCACUGGAUGAAUCCAACCAGAGUUCAGAGAAUUACUUGCACAGGAAGACAUCAGUGGUAUCCUCCUCCGGAGGAACUUGUUUGUUUUAAGAGGUGUGAGCCUUUCAUUGCCGAUAAAUAUUGUGAUGGCGGUAACAACUGGGCUUUCUGUGACUACGAUGGUGGUGAUUGUUGUGCCUCAACAGUUAUAACAAAAGAGGUGAUCCCGUUCCCAGCGGGGUGUGAUGUACUGGACAAGUGCGCCUGCAGGGAUCCCAAGGCAAAGGAGAACACAAAGGGGAACAAUCCGAAUGUCCAAAGGCUCGGCUCCGCACGUCUGGAACGACCGCGACCAAAGGCAGACUGGAAAACAUAAACACAUUCCUCCCGUUGUCUUUACAUUUCGCCAUUGAACUGGAUUGCGUUUCUCCGCCAGGAACCGUUCGAGUACGAACAAGUCUGCCCAUUUCCGUCAACAGAGAACUGGGAAUCAUUCAUUAAUGAUUUGAACGCCAUAAGGAACAAAACCAUAAAAAUCAAGUAUGCGUUGAGCUGUGGUAUGGCCAGAAGAUGACAAAAAAAAAAAAGAUAAAAACAAAGCCAUAAAUACAUUUCUCAGCCGGCUAGACAGGACUUCUUAGAUCUCCUUUUCUAUUACCAAUAGUUAGGAUGGAAAUGUGUAAAGUAUUCAUGAUGGAAGGAGGGCUGGCUGAGGGAUUGAGAACGACGAUGUAUAGAUUUGCAGUCCCUGCAGGCUCUAGUGUUCCUUUAUCCAUCAAAACCUCAAGCUGUGCACUUUUCCUGUUUGACGGCCCGUUAGAACCGAGAUCUAACCGCCUCAUAACAGAUGUUUUAAGAUUUCUCCAAAAUGCCACCAAAACCCAACACUAGUUGUUUGAGCAUAACUGUUGCUGCUAUUCUUGCUGCUAUAUCCCAUACAGCUAUAUUUUUAUUUUAUUUUCCUAACUGUGUCAGGUCAAGUGGGAUAAUCAACCCAAAAACAACCAGUCUGCCUUAAAUCUUGUCUUCAAGCCUGCCUGGUACACCUUCAAGGCAUUCGCCCCUUUAGAAACAAAUGAAAAGGGACCAACGUAGAACCUCUCGGUAAUGGGUUUGUACCUCAAGCCUAGCCCUGGACCCUGGAGAGAUGAAAAGGUUAGAGAAGAGGGCAGAGCAGAGUAGACUGCGUUGACUAUUCUCCUAGCAGCCGCUCCUUACCGAGCUGUAACAUCCGACUAGCGUGAUGUUUCAGCAUCGGGGCUACGCGUUUCAUCCCAUGUCAGAAAUGUCCUGCACAUGAAUGGAAAAAACACUGCUCUUUUUUUUUAUUUCCCUUCAAAUUUUCCAUGCUACUUUUGUAGAGUUCACCUAGGUGACAAUUUGCUUGUAGACACUGUCUUAAAAUACAUAGCAUGUAUGGCAGAGGCUCAGAACUCCGGAAUACACCAACGAAGGGUAAGGCUGAAAGGAGAAUAUAUUUUUUUUUGGUGCAGUAGUAUGUACUUGGUUGUGUAGUAGCUCGAGCGGCAUUUUCAUAUUACUACAGGGCCAGUCUUGCCUAGCAAUGCUUACUGUAUAUACUACUGAGCAGUGUCGAUUGGGGUACAAAUAUGCAACAUCAUGCUUUUUGUUUUUUUCCAAAAACGGGACCCUCCAUUCCUUUGUUGCUGCUGAGGGAAUUAAAAAAAAAAAGUGUUUGAUAAGGGCCACCCCGCGGGCACUUCGAUGUGUACGCCGGUGUCCAAAGAGCAGAGAUCUUGUGAUAACCCGAUAGUGAAUUGCCCCAAUGCAAGGUCUGUGUAAGAUGGCAGCUUUUUUUUUUUUUACCUCCUCAAUCCCUGAAGGAUUAAACCCAACUCCAGCCAAAAAAUUUCAUUUUCCAGUUAUGGAUAGACUUGGAAGGAAAAAAAUAUAUUUCACAUAAAGUGGAACUUUUCUUAGGUUUUCACCCCCUGCCCACCCCCGUUUAAGAUCUUCUAACCACGGUCGGAAAUUCCGACAAGAAAAAAAGUCCGAUGUGAGCUUUUGGCUUGAAAUUCCGACCGUGUGUUGGCCCC